UUUUCAGGUUAAAAUGUCGUAACAUAUAUAAGUUAAAAACUCUUCCAAUUGAAAAACGAUGGGUCCUACUAUUCUUAAAAUUGAUUAUAUAUUGAUUAUCAUCAAAACGAUUUUCACAUUUUUUGUUUUACCAUUAAGAGUUGAUGCUGUUAUCAUAGAAGAUCAUUCAGCUUGCAGUCAAAUAUUUCAAGGAAGAUAUGGUGAGAUUAAAUCUCCGGACUAUCCAUUAGAAUACCCAGAUAAUUUAGGAUGUGUCUGGACAAUUAAGACAAGUGAAAAUUUUCGGAUUGAACUUAAUUUUCUGGAUUUUGAACUUGAAAAGUCAGCUGAGUGUUUUGAUAAACUAACAAUAAAAGAUGGUGCACAAGAUGAUGCACCAACACUUGAAAUUUUCUGCGGAGAUGAUGGAAAAGGAAAAACAGUUACAUCAUCAGGAAAUGCAUUGUACUUACAGUUUCUAUCUGAUGAGAGUUUAGGUGAACGAGGGAUCUACAUUUUGUGGAAAGAAAUUGAGAAGUUAUCUCUUGAAAGUUAUCCUGAAGGUUUUUUCAAUGAACCUUGGGUUACCCUUGAUGUUCCUGCCAACUUAAUAGAUUUUGAUUCUGGUGUUUUCAUGGGAUCACUAUGGACCAUUAAUAACAACUAUGAUGUCUUUUAUUAUGAUUCCAACAAAUGGAGUAUUAUACCUGGUAAACUCAAAAGUAUAUCUGUUAACCAAGCUGGUAUAUUUGGAAUUGAUUCUAAAAAUAGCUCAAUUUACUGGAGGCAUGGUAUCAGUGUUAAUAACCAAAAAGGUGACCUAUGGAAGCUUGUUUCAAAAAAUAAAAAACGGAUACAACGCAUUGAGUCAACAAAUUAUGAUUACAUUUAUGGUAUUGACGAUGAAACUAAAAUGUAUUAUGCACAUGUUCGAGACAUUGACAUAUUAGAUGAAAAAUGGCAGCCAUUUGUAAUUAACGUAGAGAAUAAUGUUGUUCCUAUAGAUAGCAACUUUAGAGCCAUAUCAUGUGGCAGUUACUCAUGCUGGAUUGUUAUGUUAGAUGGAUCUGUUUAUAGCUCCAAAACAUUUCUGGGAACAAAUUUUAACCCUAAUUCAGUUAUUUGGACAGUAAGUUCAGGACAGUUUAAAGACAUUAGUGCUGGUUUUGGAAACAACAUUUGGGCUCUUAUGAGUAAUGGUGAUGUUUAUAAGAAAAAUGCAGCCACUAGUCAUUCACCAAUGGGUGGUGAUUGGCAAAAACAAAAUUUACAGUUAGAUUUUAUUCAUGCUGGAAUUGGAGGUGUCUACGGUUUUAAAAAAGAUAAAGGAUUUGGAGAGUAUAAAGAAGUAUGCGGAGGCAUUUUAUAUGAAAAUAAGGGGACGAUAUUAAGUCCAAAUUACCCUUCAACAUAUCCUGCAAGCACUUUAUGUUUGUGGAUAAUAAAACCAGCUGAUAUGUCUAGUAUAGAUGUUUCUUUCGAUUUCCAAGUAUUUAACAAAGAUCAUUGUAAUGAUUUUUUGUUAAUCGGCUUCCCAGGAAUGCAAGAGCAAGAUAAAGAUUGUGGGGGUUUCUUGCGUAACAAAAGAAUUGAAAGUAAUGAAUUACAUAUUGAAUUUUUUAGUGAUCAUGUAAAUGAGGAUGGAAAGUUUAAAAUAAUUUAUGAAGCAAAAUCUGGCGUCUUGAAAACACCAUCUACAUUUGAAACUUUAACUCCAGUGUUUCAAGGAGGAUGGAAACGAUUUACUUCAACAUUUGGUUUAGAAGGAAUUACUAAUAUUAUAGAAAGUACAAAAGUUUCUUGGUUCUUUACAUCAUUUGGCAAACUUUAUAUGUCUAAAAAGUCAUCUAAUGAUCUAUUGAAUCUUGUUAUGAGUGGAGUCAAAUCUGUUGCUACUGACAACAAAAGGAUCUACAUUAUCAAUAGUGAAGGACAUAUUAUGUCAACCUUAAUUGAUAAAUUACCCUUAUCAGAAAAAAACUGGGUUAAACACCCAUUUUUUGAUGUUGCUAAGCCAAAAUCAAUGUUUGUAUCUGAUGACAUUAUUACAGUAUUAACAGAAGAAAAUACAUUACUCACCUCACCUUUAUCAGACUUCAAUUUCAAGAAAAUAAAACUACCAUUUCCGGUUAAUGAGGCUGUCAGUCAUCCUUACCUAGGAACUUUUGUUGUUAGAUCUAGUUUUCCACCAAUUUCUUAUUUUAUUCCAAAUAUAAACAAUCCUCUUAAUUAUAUGCCUAUUAGCAAUAAUUUUAAGCAGUUUACAGUCACACAAAAUGGUCAAAUUUAUGGACUACAAACAGAUGGAAGAAUUGCAUUAUGGGAGGGCAUGUUUAGUGAUAGCAGCUUUGAUAAUUGGAAAGUUUUAAAUGAUAAUUUGUUUGCUGAGAGAAUAUUUUCAGUAGGAAAUGAUGUUUAUCUAGAAGAUAGCAAUGGAGAAUACUUAGUUAGACUAGAUGAGAUCAAUGAUAUUUUGCUAAUAGAAGAAAAAAAAGGAGAAGAUAAUUUCAUUAAGCUCUAUAAAGUUGAAAAUCCAACAAAAAUAGACACAUAUCCUAGAGAGAAUAAAAUAGAUAUCUGGAUUUUAGGAGGAGAAAAAGGUCAAACUCCAUAUUAUGGAAUUUUUGAUCCCAUAAGUAGCAACUUCAAAAUUGAAAAAAUGGGAAAUUUUAACUUUUUUGAUCUUUCUGUUGGGGAAUCAGGUGUAUGGGCAAUUGAGGAGAAUACAGGAACUCCUUACCAUUAUCUUCACAGCGAUAAUAAAUGGUUAAAAGUUUCUUCAAACUUUCGUGCAAAAAUAAUAGAAUCUGCAUCUCCUGCCCACACUGUUUAUGCUAUUGAAGAUAGUGAAAAUAAAUUGUAUCUACGAAAUGGUAUUUCUCCACAGAAUCCUUUAGGAACAGAUUGGACACACAUUCCAGUUAAAGUGAAGUCAAUUUUAUCAACACCAUUAAAAACAUAUGUAAAAAUGGUAGAUGAUAAAUGGCAAAUGUUUUAUUCUUCAGCAAUUCAAUCAGAUUUAUAUUCUUGGAUUUCUUCAUGGGAAAAAGUUAAAUGGGAUACAUAUAGUAUGUCGAAGGUUUCUGCAGGUUUUGAUGGCUCUGUGGUUUAUGCUUCCAGAAAUGGGUUGCACAAUUUUAAACAAACUAGUGAACUAAACAAUCAAGAUUAUUUGUUAAAUAGUCAGAAGGUUGUUGAUUUUUCAGCAGGACCAGUUAUAUUUGCAAUCGUAGGGCAAUAUGUUUAUUCCAAAACAAUUUCGUCAUGCUUUGGAUUUUAUGAGAAAACACAAACACUUACGCUUAACCACCUGCAGAAACCUACAAGUGUUUGCACAUGGUUGGUGACAUCAUCAGAUAAAACUGAUAUGGAAAUUUCAUUUGAGACAAAUCAAAAUAGUUGUACAUCAGUUGUCAAGGUGUUUACAGGUGCCAUUAUUUACAAUGAAAAUAAAAUUUGUGCACCUUUUCAAUCACAAGAUUCUAUCACUAUGGAAGGAGGUCGUGCAUAUAUAGAAUAUAAAAAAAUGAACACAGCUUUACCGAGCGACACCUUUCAGUUAAAAUUUAGCAAAAGAUUUAAAAUGUUGCCUAAUGGUUGGAAAGUUACAGUUCCUGGAUACUUUAGUCAAUUGUUUUCAUUUUUUGGCAGUGAAAUGUGGUUAUACAAUGAUAAAUCAAAUACAUUUUACUCUGUCAAUAAAAAUUUUUUUAUUCCAAAACCAAGUGUUUUGUAUGAUAUACAAAGCAUGGCUUUUGGAUGGGAUGGUAUAUAUUUUUUAAAAAAAGAUGGUAGUGUUAACUACCUUAAAGGUUUUGGACCUCAGUUUUCUGAAUCUGUUCAAAUCAGCCCAAAAGUAAAUAAUAAAAGAGAUAGUAUAGUAGUUGGUCCGCAGCAUAUCUUUAUCAUUGAAAAUAAAGAUGUGUUUUGGAAAGACACAACACAAUCUGUUGAUGGAAGUUUUACAUACUUUACUAGUAAUGUAGAUGAUAUCAGUGAAGUUUUUGAAUAUGAUUUAACUGGAAUUACUGGAGAAAUCACUUCACCAAAUUAUCCUGAAAAGUAUGAAAUAGACCAGGAUUAUUAUUGGAACAUAGUUGUUGAACCAGAUUCGAUAAUCCAAAUAACAUUUUUUGAUUUUAAAAUUGAAAGUGGUGAAAAUUGUAAAUAUGAUUACUUGCAAAUUAAAGAGAACGAAGGUGGAAUAGAUCUUGGCAAAUUUUGUGGUAGUAUCCUUCCCCAACCAAUUAAAUCUCGUAGUAACAAAAUCCUCAUACAUUUUCAUUCAGAUGACCAACAAACUAGAGCAGGAUUCAAGUUGAAAUGGUUAGGAAUCAAAAACACCCCCAUCCAGAUUUCAACAUUACCAAUAAUAACUACUCCUUCAGGACCCAAAAAAGUUGAGUAUGUUAUUAAUGAAAAUGAUGGAGAAAUUGUUUCUCCUAACUAUCCAUUAAAUUACAAUAUUAAUGAAGAUUAUUAUUGGAAGAUUGAGGUAAAGUUUGGUUUAAAAGUCCAAUUACAGUUUGUUGUAAUGAAUGUUGAAAGUGGAAACAGCUGCCAAUAUGAUUACAUUCAAGUUAGAGAUGGUAGAGACAAUAGUGGUAAAGAUCUUGGCAGAUAUUGCGGUACAGAGGAGCCAGUUCCUUUAACAUCCAAUUCAAAUCGAAUGUUCAUUCAUUUUCAUUCUGAUGGCCAGGAAACAAGAAAAGGAUUUAUAUUGAGAUGGACAGGAGUUGAAUCUGCUAAUGUAGUUCCGACAACAAAAACAACAACAAACAAAGUGCAGAUAACUACUGCAAAAGUAUUUGAGUUUGAGCUAAUUGAUUCUGAUGGUGAAAUAGUUUCUCCUAACUACCCAAAUAACUAUGAUGCUGACCAGGAUUACUACUGGAAAAUCUCUGUAAAUCCCAAUAAAAGAAUUAUGCUCUCAUUUAUUUCAAUGGAUAUCGAAAGCGAGACUAAUUGUAAUUAUGAUUAUAUUCAAGUUAGAGAUGGUAGAGACAUUAAAGCUACUGAAUUGGGUAAAUUUUGUGGGAAUCAAGAGCCUAGUUCUUUGAUGUCAACAGGAAAUCGAAUGUUUGUACAUUUUCAUUCAGAUAAGCAACAAACAAGAAAAGGAUUUAUUUUACAGUGGAAAGCAAUUGAUGCAACCAUUACACCUAUUUUACAGACAACAGUUCCUAAAAAAGUUUUUCAGUAUGAAUUAAAUGAUCCUGAAGGCGAGAUUAUUUCUUCUAAUUUUCCACAUGAAUAUGAUGUUGACAAAGAUUAUUUCUGGAGAAUACUUGUCAAUCCUAAUAAAAGAAUUUUGUUGAGUUUUCAAUAUAUGGAUGUUGAAAGCAGUGCAAACUGUGAGUAUGACUACAUCCAAAUCAUUGAUGGUAGAGAUAAAAUAGGCAAUGUUCUUGGUAAAUAUUGUGGUAAUCAAGAGCCAAAACCUCUGCUCUCUACUGCAAAUCAGAUGUUUAUACACUUUCAUUCAAACAAACAGUAUGCAAGAAAGGGAUUUAUAUUAAAAUGGAAAGCAGUAGAUAUCAUUGAAACAAAACCACCAAAUAUUCUUUCAACGAUUGCUUCAACGCUUGCAAAAAAAGUAUUUGAGUUUAAUCUCACAGAAUCUGAAGGAGAAGUUAUCUCCCCAAACUACCCUAAUAAUUAUGAUGUUUCUAAAGAUUUUUACUGGAAAAUAACAGUAAAACCCAAUCAAAAAAUUCAGUUGUUUUUUCUUUUUUUGGAAAUUGAGUUUGCAUUCACUUGUAGUCAUGACUACAUACAAAUUACAGAUGGUAGUGGAGAUAACCUUGGAAAAUUUUGUGGCACUCAAAAGCCUGAUAUGUUAAUGUCAUUAGGAAAUCAAGUUGUUGUUCAUUUUCAUUCUGAUGACCAACAAACUAGAAAAGGUUUUAUAUUAAGAUGGAAAGCUGUUGAUGCUCUAACAACAAGUUCGCCAGCGACAACUUUAAAAAAAUCUCCUAACAUACAAGAAGUUUUUGAGUACACAUUAAUGGGAAGUAAUGGUGAGAUAAAGUCUUCUAACUACCCUAGAAAUUAUAAAAUAAAUCAAGAUUAUUACUGGACAAUUAAUGCUGAACCAAAUGAAAUAGUACGCUUGUCAUUCAUUGCUGUUGACAUAGAAACAAGCUCUAAUUGUGAUAGCGAUUACAUUAUCAUUAGAGAUGGGGAAAGUAAUGAUAAAAUAAUAGGCAAAUAUUGUGGUCAGAUUUUACCUGAUCCCAUCUCAAGUUCUGGUAAUCGCAUGUUUGUGCACUUCCAUUCUAAUGAGCAGUAUACAAAAUCUGGUUUUAGGAUAAAAUGGGAAGCUUUACCAAAGUUUGGACCAACUACAACACCUGUUGUAAAAGUUGUUCCUAAUGUGUUUGAGGAAACAUUGUACGGAAGUAGUGGAGAAAUCAGGUCAUCAAAAUAUCCCAGAAAUUAUGAAAUUAACGAAGAUUACUACUGGACAAUCAUUGCCGAGCCACAUGAGGUCAUACGUUUGUCAUUUAUUGCUGUUGAUAUUGAAACAAGCUAUAAUUGUGGUAAUGAUUAUAUUAUGAUAAGAGAUGGUGAAAGCAGUGAUAAAGUUCUUGGUAAAUAUUGUGGUCAGACUAUACCUGAUGCCAUCCUUAGUUCUGGUAAUCGCAUGUUUGUACACUUUCAUUCUAAUGAGCAAUAUACCAAAUCUGGGUUCAGAUUGAAAUGGGAAACUUUACCUAAACUCAAACUUACAACAACUCCUGUUACUAAAGUUGUUCCUAAAGUGUUUGAGGAAACAUUAUACGAAAGUAAUGGAGAAAUCAGGUCAUCAAAAUAUCCAAGAAAUUAUGAAAUUAACCAAGAUUACUACUGGACAAUCAUUGCCGAGCCACAUGAGGUCAUACGUUUGUCAUUUAUUGCUGUUGACAUUGAAACAAGCUCUAAUUGUGAUAGUGAUUAUAUUAUGAUAAGAGAUGGUGAAAGUAGUGACAAAGUUCUUGGUAAAUAUUGUGGUCAGACUCUACCUGAUGCCAUCCUUAGUUCUGGUAAUCGCAUGUUUGUACACUUUCAUUCUAAUGAGCAAUAUACCAAAUCUGGGUUCAGAUUGAAAUGGGAAGCUUUACCUAAACUCAAACCUACAACAACUCCUGUUACUAAAGUUGUUCCUAAAGAGUUUGAGGAAACAUUGUAUGGAAGUAAUGGAGAAAUCAGAUCUUUGAAAUAUCCAAGAAAUUAUGAAAUUAAUCAAGAUUUUUACUGGAAAAUCAUUGCCGAGCCUUAUGAGGUCAUACGCUUGUCAUUUAUUGAUAUUGACAUCGAAACAAGCUCAAAUUGUGAUAAUGAUUAUAUUAUGAUUAGAGAUGGUGAAAGUAGUGACAAAGUUCUUGGUAAAUAUUGUGGUCAGACUCUACCUGAUACCAUCCUUAGUUCUGGUAAUCGCAUGUUUGUGCACUUCCAUUCUAAUGAGCAAUAUACCAAGUCUGGGUUCAGAUUGAAAUGGGAAACUUUACCUAAACUCAAACCUACAACAACUCCUGUUACUAAAGUUGUCCCUAAAGUGUUUGAGGAAACAUUGUACGGAAGUAAUGGAGAAAUCAGGUCAUUGAAAUAUCCUAGAAAUUAUGAAGUUAAUCAAGAUUACUACUGGACAAUUAUUGCCGAGCCAAAUGAGAUCAUACGUUUGUCAUUUAUUGCUGUUGACAUUGAAACAAGCUCUAAUUGUGAUAAUGAUUAUAUUAUAAUAAGAGAUGGUGAAAGUAGUGACAAAGUUCUUGGUAAAUAUUGUGGUCAGACUCUACCUGAUGCCAUCCUUAGUUCUGGUAAUCGCAUGUUUGUGCACUUCCAUUCUAAUGAGCAAUAUACCAAGUCUGGGUUCAGAUUGAAAUGGGAAACUUUACCUAAACUCAAACCUACAACAACUCCUGUUACUAAAGUUGUCCCUAAAGUGUUUGAGGAAACAUUGUUCGGAAGUAAUGGAGAAAUCAGGUCAUUGAAAUAUCCUAGAAAUUAUGAAGUUAAUCAAGAUUACUACUGGACAAUUAUUGCCGAGCCAAAUGAGAUCAUACGUUUGUCAUUUAUUGCUGUUGACAUUGAAACAAGCUAUAAUUGUGGUAAUGAUUAUAUUAUGAUAAGAGAUGGUGAAAGUAGUGACAAAGUUCUUGGUAAAUAUUGUGGUCAGACUCUACCUGAUGCCAUCCUUAGUUCUGGUAAUCGCAUGUUUGUACACUUUCAUUCUAAUGAGCAAUAUACCAAAUCUGGGUUCAGAUUGAAAUGGGAAACUUUACCUAAACUCAAACCUACCACAACUCCUGUUACUAAAGUUGUCCCUAAAGUGUUUGAGUAUACAUUAACUGGAAAGAAUGGUGAAAUCAGAUCAGCAAACUAUCCAAGAAAUUAUGAUGUCAAUCAGGAAUUCUAUUGGACAAUUAAUGUUGAACCUAGUGAAAUCAUUCGCUUGUCAUUUGUUUCGUUUAAUAUUGAGCCUAGUACUAAUUGUAUUCAUGAUUAUAUUAUUAUCAAAGAUGGUAAAUAUAAUGGUUAUAUCUUAGGUAGAUUUUGUGGCGUGAAUUUUCCAAACACUCUACUUAGUUCUGGAAACCACAUGCAUAUUCAGUUUCAUUCUAAUGAUAGAAUUACUAACAGUGGUUUUUUAUUGAGGUGGAAUGCCUUAAACAAGCUGAAGCCAAUAAUAGUUCCAACACCUCCUAAUAAUGUUAUUGUAUUAACUGAACGCAAUGGCGAAAUAAAGUCUUUUAACUACCCAAAUAACUAUGAUGACAAUUCAGAUUUCUAUUGGUUAAUUAAGGGGCAACCUGAUGAAGAAAUAAAAUUAAACUUUAUUGAUAUGGAUAUUGAAGAAAGUGAGUAUUGUUUCAAGGACUACAUUCUAAUACUAGAUGGAUUUGAUUUUAAUGGUAUUGAGAUUGGCAAGUUUUGUGGUCAACAGUUUCAGUCUAAAACUUCAAUAGGAAAUCAAGUUUUUGUUCAUUUUCACUCAGAUAGUCACAUAAAUAAACGUGGUUUUCGAUUAUUAUAUGCAGCACAAAAAGUGACUGAAGAACCAAAGACAAUACCUAAAGUUGUUGAAAAUGAUUUGUUUGGAAAUAAUGGACAAAUACUGUCUCCAAAUUACCCCAAAAAUUACAAUCUUCUUCAAGACUUUUAUUGGAAGGUCACAGUAUCUGAAAACAAAGUUAUAAAGUUUAAGUUUUAUGACAUGGACCUUGAAAAUGGUGAAAAUUGCCCCUAUGAUUUUAUACAAAUAAGAGAUGGCGGAUCAAUCAUUGGAAAUAUUCUUGGAAGAUUUUGUGGUCAAGCAAUACCCCCUGACAUUUUUACUUCUGGAAAAACAGCUCAUAUUCAAUUUCAUUCAGAUGACAGGCUUACUAAAAAAGGUUUUAAAUUAAUGUGGGAGGCUGUACAAGAGACACUAGUACUGAAGACAACAGCAAAGACUACAGCAUCACAAACUGCAACUGUGGCUAAAGAAUGCAAUUUUGUACUAACUACUAGCAACGGUGUUAUUACAUCACCUAACUACCCAAAUCAUUACCCAAAAAAUAAAGACUGUUACUGGCUUAUUGUUGCAGAAAUUGGAAAAGUUAUUAUUCUUGAUUUUGUUGACUUUGAUGUUGAAAGUGGUGGUGAAUGCAGCUAUGACUUUUUAAAUAUUUAUGAUGGUGAAAAUUAUUUUAGUAAAAAAAUUGGAGCAUACUGUGGUAAUAACAUUCAAGUUUCUGCUCAAUCAACUGGAAAUCAAAUGUAUUUGCAUUUUAGAUCAGAUGAUAGGCAAACAAGAAAAGGCUUUAUGUUAAGAUGGAAUUCUAUGGCUAAAGAAUUAAUAACAAAAAAACCAUUUGUUGUGGAAGAAGUAACUACAACCAAACCUGAAACUACAACAACUUCAACACCAUCCAAAUUAUGCAGAUACAAAAUGUAUGGCCGAUCUGGGAUGAUCACAAGUCCAAACUUUCCUAACAACUAUUCACCUAAUCAAGAUUGUAACUGGUAUUUAACAAGUCCAGAGGGUACUUUAAUUGUAUUAACGUUUAUUGAGAUUGAUAUAGAGCCUGCUGGUGACUGCUAUUAUGAUUAUCUGAUAAUUCGAGAUGGCCUCAAGUCUAGUUCACCUCUGUUAGGGCGGUUUUGUGGAAACAACAGAGUACCAGAUAUUCGUUCUACAAGCAAUAAAGUGCUGUUGAAUUUUUAUUCUGACGAUCGUAAUUCAUACAAAGGUUUUGUUUUAAAGUGGUACGCUGAAAAGAUUGGCUAUCUAUCUCUGAUGACAACUUCUUCAGUUUCCUUAGUAACUACAACUACCUUGAGAGCAGAAAACUGUGACAAACUUUUUACUUCAACACAAGGGCAGUUUUUUCAUAGGGAUUAUCCAUACAGUUACCGCAGUAAUGAGAAUUGCAUUUACAAAAUUCAGUCUCCAAGAAAUUAUCGUAUUGUUUUCUACUUUACUUUAUUUGACCUUGAACUAUCAGAAAACUGUCAAAAAGAUUAUAUUGAAAUUUUUGAUGGGACAAAAGAUGAUGAGAAACAAUUAGGUCGUUUUUGUGGCAGUAAAGCCCCUUCUACUAUAAGAACAAAUAGUAAUUUGCUAAAUAUUAAAUUUGUCACAGAUAACUCUUAUGAAAGAGCUGGAUUUGUUUUCAAUUAUUUUUUUGAACUUAGAAAUGAGCUUACACCAAAAAGUACUGCAAGUCAAUUUAAUGUAGAUACAACAGCAAUCAUUAACAGGGUUAGUACAACUGGAACAAGGGAGUAUAAAACAGAUAUUACUUCUAAAAGUGGUAAAGAAUUUUCUCCAUUGGUUGGUACCCCUCAGGCUACCACAAAAAGUAAAACAAGAACUCAAACUAGUACUGACAAUUUUUUGUUCACAGGUUUGAGUGAUGUUCACAACUACUAUUUUGAAUAUGAAGGUGAAAGUGGAGUCUUAAUGCAUCCAAAUUAUCCAGAUAAAUAUAUGAACAAUAUGCAAAGUUUUUGGACCAUCAGAACACCACCCUCUACUGUUGUGGUGCUUAGCUUUACAUUGUUUGACUUAGAACCCAGCGUUUCUUGUGAUGCCGAUUAUUUGGCUGUAUAUGAUGGUGUCUCAACUUCUUCACCCUUAAUUGAAAAACGAUGCUCGUAUUCUGCAAAUCAAGAUAUUGAGACAUCUGAUAACAAAAUGCUUGUGGUUUUUCAUUCAAAUGAUAAAAUAUCAAAAAGAGGUUUUUUGGCUACAUGGAAAUCAAAAAAAAGACAGUUUAGUUAUGGUGGUUAUGAUUCAAGUUUGGACAUAUGCAGUAGAGAUCCGUUGUGGCACGAUAGUCAGUUUUCACGUAAAAGAAUUCUUCUAAUUUCUCCUACCAUUUUGCGAAAAAGCACAACAUGCAUGCAGCAGUUUAUGAUUUCUCCUUCACAAAUCUUCAAAAUAGAAUUUUUGACAUUUAAUUUAUCAGUUUACAGCAUGGAAUGUUUAGAUUACUUAAGUAUCUAUGACGGAAUUAAAAUUAGCUCAAAAGAAAUUGGAAAGUUUUGUGGAACUCAUCCACCAAAUGUAUUAUAUACAACUGGAAAUAUUCUUUUUAUUGAGUUGGGUUAUUUUGAGGAACGUUUUGCAAAAACUGUUGACUUUAAGUUAGUGAUAUCUGCAAUUGAUAAAUCGAUGUCUUUUGGUAUCUUUACUUCAAAGCAUAAAUGUGGAGAGGUUGUUCGAGCUAACAGUGGAACGAUUAGCAGUAUUGAUGCAGUAAACAGUCAGCACCCUAUUUGUGUUUGGAUUAUUGAGACCAAGCCAUCCACGCGCAUUAAAUAUUUUUUUUCAAAUUUUUAUUUAACUGAUGUUUGUGAUUCAUCGUAUGUUAUACUACGUGACGGAGAUACUUCAGACUCCACGAAAGUAGCAAGGUAUUGUGACAAAUCAAUGCCAUCACCUGCAAAAACAUUUUUAUCAAGUUCAAAUCGUCUUUGGAUUGAAUACAAAGGAUCGAGUAACUUCUUUGGUCAGUUUUCAUUAGUAUGGGAAGAACAAGCAGUAACAGAAUUUCAUUGUGGUGGUCUGGUAACCGGAGAGGGUGGCUAUUUAAGUUCACCUUUUUAUCCUCAAAAAUAUGAGAACGAAUUAUCAUGUAUUUGGAAUGUAGUAGUGGAAACUGGAAGAAGAAUUGCAGUAACCGUAGAGAACAUGCAAUUACACUCGGAUUGCUCUAGGAAUUAUGUUUUAAUGAGAGACGGAUCGUCUUCAGAAGGAAAUGUGCUAAAGAGACAUUGUGUCAAACCGAAUCUGAGUGAAGUUUUGUCAACAUCGAAUUCAAUGUGGAUCGAAUUAAAAACUUCUUGUUUUUCAAAUACCUUAUUUAACGCUUUUUGGAAAGCUGUUAAAGUCUAAUCGUUUUGGAAUCGAUAAACUAGAAAUUUUUUAGAAUUGAUACUGUUUAUGUUAAAUAUUAAUCAAAACAAAAGUUACAUCAUAAAUAUCAUGAAAAAUAUUUUUAAUU